AACCACACAUACAUCAUGAAUGGGAGACCUCUGCAGGCGAUGCAGGAGGACACUGAUCUCGGAGUCACUAUCAGCAGUGACCUGAAACACGCGAAUCACUGUAAGAAAGCAUACAACAAAGCGAACACUAUGCUCGGGCUCACAGCGAGGACCUUCGAGUGUAAAGCAUCAGACGUGAUGCUAUCCUUGUAUACUUCCUUGGUAAAACUGCACCUCGAUAAUGCAGUACAGUUCUGGUCUCCUAAUUACAGAAAGGACAUUGCUUUACUGGAAAGGAUUCAACGACGCGCCACAAAGAUGAUUCAAACCUUAAGGGCUCACCCGUACGAGGAACGACUCAAGCGACUCAAUAUCUUGACAUUGGAGAAAAGACGCCUACGAGGGGAUAUGAUUCAAGUCUUCAAGUAUCUAAAAAAGUUCAUUAACGUCGAUUACUCCAAAUUCUUUAAACUGCAAACCAACUCAAGAAAUAGAAAUAACGGCUUACCCAUUCAGUCGAGUCGAUGUAACACAGAUAUUGGAAGGAGAUUCUUUUCAAACCUAGUCAUACGCCACUGGAACAAUAUUCCCUCAGAAGUAGUAAAUGCGAGUACCAUCAACUCCUUCAAAUAUAGAAUCGACAGUCAUUUCGCUGCGUCGGGAGUAAAUUGAAUAACGAGGUGCUUUCAUCUGCUCCUCAAUAUCGAGGUGCUUUCAUCUGCUCCUCAGGCCCCAAGUGGCGGUCGAGCAGACUAAAUCACCAUAGCGGGCAACCUCGUAAUGAGCCAAUAGGCACUCUGUUGCCUGCAUUUCCAUGUUUCCAUGUUUCCCCCACACAGGAUGGACGGCCCUCCACUGGGCUGCAGUAGAAGGUGAAGCUGAGUGUGUGUCUACCCUCAUUCCGGUCACGCCGCCCACCCCCGAGCUCCUGCAGGCCGCCGACGGACACACCCCGGUGCACCUCGCCAGCUUUGGUGGCCACGAGGUUGUGCUGAAGGCCCUGGAAAGGGCUGGCUGGCCUCUUUACGCAAUGGACGGCGAUGGCCUGACACCCCUGCACUGGGCUGUUAAGGCAGGGCGUCUGAACGUGGUCAGGUACCUGCUGGAUAAGGACACGGCGCCCAGUACGGGGGCCGGUGAUGACCUCACGCCGCUGGACUUGGCUAAGAGGCAGGGUAAAGACUUAGCAGCGAGGUGGCUGGCGAGGAGGAGCGGCGCGGUGCACGGGGACGCCGCCCACAGCCUGAAUCCUGAGGUCACGUCCAGUGCCGGGGUGAACGCUGCAGCAGGUGACGACACGCUGCGGCCAGAGGACGUGAGGAAACUGCUUGGCUUCAGGGAAUGGCUGAUAGACUACUUCAACAAGAAGGAGCUCAUCACCGCCGUAAAGGCAGGAGACGAGGUCAUGGUCAGGAACGUCCUCGCCAGAGGAGGAGACCCCAAGGUGACCAUCUCAACUAACAGUGGUGGGUCGGCGUGCCUGGUGUACUUUGCUGCCUGGCAUGGCCGCGCCCACCUCCUACCCUGCCUGCUGGGGGCGGGGAUCAGCGUGGAGGGCAGCGGCACCGACGAACGAACACCACUGAUGAUGGCUGCCUACCAGGGCCACAAAUCAACGGUAGAGAAGCUGCUCAGCCUUGGUGCCGACCCGCUGGCUGUUGACAAAAGAGGAUGGACAGCCCUCCACUGGGCUGCAGUAGAUGAUAGAGCUGAGUGUGUGUCUACCCUCCUCCCGGUCACGCCGCCCACCCCCGAGCUGCUGAAGGCCGCCGACGGACACACCCCGGUGCACCUCGCCAGCUUUUAUGGCCACGAGGCUGUGCUGAAGGCCCUGGAGGGGGCUGGCUGGCCUCUUUACGCAAUGGACGGCGAUGGCCUGACACCCCUGCACUGGGCUGUGAGGGCAAGGAGUCUGGACGUGGUCAAGUACCUGCUGGAUAAGGACACGGCGCCCAGUACGGGGGCCGAUGAUGACCUCACGCCGCUGGACUUGGCUAAGAGGAAGGGUAAAGACCUAGCAGCGAGGUGGCUGACAAGGAGGAGCGGCGCGGUGCACGGGGACGCCGCCUACAGCAUGCUGCCUGAGGUCACGUCCAGUGCCGGGGCAAACGCUGCGGCAGGUGACGACACGCUGCGGCCAGAGGACGUGAGGAAACUGCUUGGCUUCAGGGAAUGGCUGAUAGACAAAUGGAACAUCUUCAACAGGGAGGUGCCAGACUUUGUCGAAGGAUUUGGUGAUGUCUCUCAGGACGAGAUGGCACUGUCCCCCGUCAGCUUUCUGUUGGGCGACAGUCUUGGUCACAAGAGCAAGGGCGUGCGUGGUUCCCUUGCCUGGGCGAAACCCAAACUGUAA